AUGCCUUCGUCAUUGUUUUCUGCUGGCUUUAUUGUGCAGGCAUUGGCACUACUUGCGGCCUUGCCCUAUGCUAGUGCAGGCCCUUCUGAUGAUGUUUGGUCUCUACUAUUGAGCCCCUGCCCUAGGGACUGUAGUGAAACCUCCUCACCCGCAGAAUGGGCUGUAUAUAACAGCCUAUAUCAACUAUCUACUUGCAACCAAACAACCCGCGUUGCAUUUUCCUUGUACAAUCCUUCAUCUGGUAUUCGGGCCUGUUCCACGUCCACAGGCGUCCUGCCCGUUAAGGCUGCGAUAACCGAUAUUCUUAGCAAGGAAUUUGCAGCCGAGAAAGUGACGCUCGAGAUUGGCUGGUGGGAUACUCAGACUGCUUCCAGCCCUGCAGGCGUGAGGUCUGCCGUGGAGGACGUAAGAAAGGCCCUUCUAACCUCGGAAAACAACGCAUCCACAACGGCUUUCAGCUAUUCCGGAAAUUCACUUGUUGGUUUAUAUGCUGGACAGGGAAUCUUGCACUCUGAUGUCGCCACGAUAGCGUUACAGCAUUUCUCACAGUAUCUCGAAACUCGGGAUACCAUUGGACGAGUCGUCCUGCAGUCCUGUGGCGUUAACUCCAACAAAGGACUCGGUAUUGUUGUUGACGCAACCGCUGAUCUGGCUACUGUUCAAAGAAUUAUGCGGGACUGGAAUGAGGCCAAAUGUCAGAAAGAGUUUGAUGGUAGUAAGAUCAUGUCGAAGACUGAUCUGCGGAUGAGGAUACCCACUCAUCUGGCCAACUUCACCACCGCAACCUCCAAUCAUGUCGCUCGCCGAAAUAGACAUUCUUCUCACGCUAAACAUUUACAACAUCGGCGCACGACUUGCAAUACUAUUCAAGUCGUGGGGGGCGACUCCUGUGUAUCUCUUGCAAAGGAGUGCGGUAUAACCCCUGCAAAAUUCACAUAG